GUGGUCGAGUGAGGCACACAGACAGUGGUGGAGAGAGAGCCAGAGCUCCAGAGAGAGUGUGUGGUAGUGGAAGCUCCAGUGAAUCUUCAGGCCUGUCUGUCUCUCUGUAUCUCUCGUUAGUGUCUGUCGGACCCGCACCGGUGUGUAUCCACGCAUUUCACACGCGUGUUCCUCAAUGCCUGCAUCCAUAUAUGUGUGAUGAUGCACUAGAGACGACUUCAUUUCCUCAUUGGAUUACACCUUCUGUCUCGCACUGUAUUCGCCCUUGAACUUUCAACCCUGAAUUUUACCCAGACAUUGACAAACAGCCACCCUCUGUGUUGGUGACGUCCACUCCGGGUCAGAACCAUGUGAGGGGUUUUUAAUGUUUCUCUUUAGUGGACUGGAGCACUGCCUGUAACCUCCACUCACCCUGCCCCAGUUUAUACAAACCCCGCCCCCUCCCUUUAGUCCCGCCCCUCUGUCAAUCCAAUCUCGCCAUGAUGUUCCGGGACCAAGUGGGGAUUUUGACAGACUGGUUUAAGGGCUGGAAUGAGUGUGAACAGACGGUGGCGCUGCUGUCGCUGUUGAAGCGUGUUUCUCGGACGCAGGCGAGAUUCCUGCACAUCUAUCUGGACCACUGGCUGGCCGACUGCACAGAGAUACACAUACUAGAGGCAGAAGCCAACAAUGCAGCGAUCGUCAGUCAGUGGCAGCAGGAGCCAAAAGAGAAAGCUGUGUCUCUCCUGCUCUCUCAUCUCCCUCUGCUUCAGCCACGGAACAGCGAAGCCAAGUGUGAAUACAUGAACCUCCUGCAGAAGGUCUUGAGUCACACCAUCGAGAGCAGCCUGUUUGUGGAGGAGAGCCGACAGCUGCUGUCUUACGCCCUCAUUCACCCCGCCACCACCCUUGACGACCGGAACUCUCUCGCCAUGUGGCUCAAUCACCUGGAGGAGCAUCUGUCCUCGCGGCCACCGCCGCCCGGACCAUACCAUCAUGCCCGACAGGGCUCAGACGAGUGGCCGGGUUCUGCUGAGUCCCUGGAACCGUCGUACAACUGGCAGGAAAAUCUGCCGUCCACAUGCAGCUCGCCGGCUGGACAGAACGGACACAUGCCUUUCCCUGGCACGGGUGGAGUGACCUCACCUGUCAACAACAGCAGCAACACCGCAGGAUUCUCUGGUCAGGUUCAGCCAAGCCCAAUGAAGCCCUCAAUGUCACUCACACCUGUCAAUCAGCCAGCCUGUUGCUCUGAUUGGCUAAACCAGGAUGAAGGGGGUGGAUGUCAGGGUGUGGCUGGAGCAGAACAUGCCCCUCUUUCACCCCAGAGCAGCGUUGCAUCAUCGGGGAGUGAACAGACGGAGGAACAGAGCAACACACGCAACACUUUCCAUGAGGACGGCAGCGGAAUGAAAGAUGUGCCCGUCUGGCUCAAGAGUCUUCGUCUGCAUAAAUAUGCAUCACUCUUUUCUCAGAUGACCUACGAAGAAAUGAUGAUUCUCACAGAGCAACACCUGGAGUCACAUAACGUUACAAAAGGAGCUCGACACAAGAUCGCGCUGAGCAUACAGAAACUCAGAGAACGCCAGAGCAUCCUGAAAUCUCUAGAAAAGGAUAUUCUGGAAGGCGGGAAUGUUCGGAAUGCUUUACAAGAGCUCCAGCAGAUCAUCAUCACGCCAAUCAAAGCUUAUGCCCUGCCCACUGCUGCCCAGAAAGAGGUGGAGCCUGGAGUUAUACCUGGGGAUAAAGCGGCCAAUCCUGGCGAAGAGAAGGAAACAGAGGGGUUCCAGACCCACAAUCCUCCACCGUGUGAUGGAGAGUCUUCUCCUGCACCCAUCUCUGAUGGAGAUAUCGCUGGACAAUUCACACGCGUGAUGGGGAAAGUGUGUACACAGUUGUUGGUGUCCAGGCCAGAUGAGGAGAAUAUCAGCUGUUACCUGCAGCUCAUAGAGAAAUGUCUGACACAUGAGGCGUUUACAGAGACGCAGAAGAAGAGGCUGUUGUCAUGGAAACAGCAGGUGCUGAAGUUACUCCGCCUCUUCCCGCGGAAAACCAUGAUGGAUAGCGGGGUGUACCGGAGAGGGUGGCCGGCAUACGGCUCCAACUCUCUGCCCACAGCUGGAUCUGUGAGUGCAGGUUUGGGUCGCCGGGGUCAGAGGUCAUUCCAGAUGCCCCCGCGAGGAGCUCCUCCUCCCGGCCGCUUGGGGCUGAUGACUGCUGCUGGUCUGACCGGAGUGUCACCGCGACACGUGCUAGCGAACCCCGCGGCCGUCACUGCACAGGGCCGACAGAACCUGUGGUUUGGGAAUCCAGGAGGCAGUAACAGCAUGCCGAGUCAGAGCAGAAGUUCUGUUCAGAGGACUCACUCACUUCCUGUGCACACAUCUCCACAAACCAUGCUCCUGUUCCAACAACAAGAAUGCCAAGUUCCAGGGACGGAUCUGGAGAUCAACCCCACGCUGGAGUCACUGUGCCUCAGCAUGACAGAGCAUGCCUUAGGGGAUGGAAUGGACAGAACAUCGACAAUAUGAAAACAAACAAACUCUUCACCACUUCAUCACCGUGUCGGUUGGCCGGUGCUCCAGUAGCCCAACACACACACACACACACACACACACUCAAACAAAACGAGUCACUACAAAUCACACAAAACUAACUGUGUAUAUGUUCUCUAAUAUUUUUCUACUUUAUUGUACUUAACUAAGUUUAUUAUAAACGGAACACAGAAAACUAUUAUAUAACAGAAGGGAGAGCAGCAGUAGUGGAAGACGGAAGCAAACGUUGUUUGUUUGGCUGGAGCGCUGAUAUGGAAUGGUGCUGUUUCAAAGGGCUUUGGGCUGUUGAGAGAUGAUCAUUUCAUCGGUAGCUGUUCAUCUAAAUGAUGCUGACCAUUACAUCCGCUUCCUGUGUCCAUCUGCUGUCUGUCUGCAUGAACUCUCACCUCCCAAGAUGGAUUUCUUGUUGCUUUUCUGCGUUCUCACGUGAAUAAAUGGCAGGUGGAAUGCACGACUGUUUGACCUGUACGCGUUCAUUUCACGAGUCCCUUAUUCCUGUAUAUUUAUCUAUUAUAAUAUCGUUGCGUUCUUAUUUCUGUUGAGGUACAAGAGGUUUCUUAGCACUUAUAUAUACGUAACAUGUUUACCGGGGCGUCACUACAGCGCACUCUGUCUGUGAUCGUUUUCCUGUCACGCAGAUUUGUAGUGGUUUUGUAAAUAUGCAGGUAUAGGAAUAUGAGCAAAGAGUCUUUAUCCAGAUGAUUUUUAUACACGGCUGUUAUGCAGAGGGGGAUUGUGGGAGCUAUCGUUCUGCGAGAUCGAGCUGUGCUCGUCCGUUAACGAUGUUCCUUCAACCCUUCAAUCCUCCGUGACUGACAGGGACGUCUACUAAUGAUUGACUCCGCCUGACUGACUGAUGCACAAACCCACCAAUCAGAUUCCAUUUCAGUUUCAUCUCUAUUUCCUCCCUUGCCACGAGAGCCCGCUUCAGAGAUUUGACUAAUCACAACGGUGCUUAUAGGUAUGUGUUUCAUUCAUAUGGGGCGUCUGUUCUCUUGGGAUGGUACAGUCUGUAAGAAUCCCGUUCGGCCUUACGGAGUGUCAGAGUAAGUGUGUGUGUGUGUGUUACUCUGGUCAUAACGCUGUUUGUGAUGAGUGUGAAAGGUCACGGGUCUCUCUGUUUUAUACCUCUGUCAGAGCUGCUCUACAUCGAGUAAAAAUGUAUUGAUUGAAAAACAUGUUUGUUUUCUUCAUUUCUGUAAGAAUUCACUCUGUUUCGCAGUCUACAUGGGUGAAUCUCACAAAACCUGUCAAGAACAUGCCCAGCUCAUAUUUCACCCCAUAUUUGAAAGACAAUAACAAGUUAUAUUUGGCUUAAUGAAAAGGCAUUUUUUAGGGCAUGUUUACCCCAAAAUUGUCAUGCGGAAGCCCUGAACCGCACUGUAAAAAAAAAAUUUGUGACUUUUUUUUUUUUUUUUUUUUUUUUUUUUUAGGUGUCUUAGUGGCUUCCUGACAUAGG